AUGAGACAAGUCGGUGUCGUAGCCUGUUGUGGCCGCAUUGCUAUCAACGACAUGGUGGAAAGGCUGGCUGAGGACCAUAAGCAUGCCAAAAUGCUCGCUGAAGGACUUGCAAGCAUUGAUGGAGUUGCCUGUGACGUGGACGCCACUGAGACCAAUAUGAUUCGUUGGGGACUGGACAGAAAGGUACAGGAUAGAGCCACGUGUGCUAAGGUCGUCGAAGCUCUCGCUAACAGUGAUGAGGUCUGCGUGAAGAUGAUAUGCAUUGAACGUGGAUCGGCGAUCAGGGCCGUCACUCACCGUCACAUAACGACCGACGAUAUUGUCAAGGCGAUCAAUAAGGUUCGCAAGGUGAUGGAAAAGGUAACGACUACGUGGCCUAAACUCACUACUGCUGAUCAUGUUUUGACCAUCGAGUAG